AUGAACCCUUCUCCUCAACGAGACAAACAAGCUUCUCCACUACGUUCUCAGCUUUCCAUUCUUCCAAAUCACCGAUUCGAUAUCCAGAAGCCUCCUCCCGCUCUGACCUUGUCAGGCCAAAAAUAUCGCAGGCUAUCACGGCCCCAAUUAUCUCCCUACGCUUCCUCCCCGACCAUUAUGAACGACUACAAGCCUUUCACCUAUGUAUCUGGCGGCGCCAUAAACAGUACAUUGCCGUCCAUGAUAGCGAAUCUUCCUAGUAGUGCCGCUGUUUAUGACCUUGCAGGACAGUUGUGGGGAUAUUGUACGCUAUGGAAUAUCUUGUUCGGCAUACUCCUUAUUACAAAUUUAAAAUGUAUACCAUUCAUUUGGCAUUUACGUAUUCUCAACGCCUGUUCCCGAACGCUCAAAAUUCAGAGACCCAAAAAUCCGCCAACGUACUCUCAAAUUUUUCAGCCGAUCAUUACCACAACUCAAGUUCCUUUGAUGGAAAUUGACUUCAAUAUUCAUAAGACUAAUUCAUCUUAUUUCGCCGAUGUUGACAUAGCUCGAGCACACUUGAUUUGUACAUUAUUCAGUGUCGGGAUUGAACACUGUCGAGGCGGAACUGGUGCAUAUACCGGUGCCGACGUUCCAUUCUUUUCAUGCGCUCUUGGGGCCGUCUCGUGUUCAUUUAAACGGGAAUUAAAGGCAUACGAAUCUUACGAACUUUGGACACGAGUUCUGUCCUGGGACGAGAAGUGGAUCUACCUUAUAACCCACUUUGUCCGCCGCGGCACGGUCAAACCCAAGGACUACACAUUGUAUCCAGAACAAAAUCCUAAUGCUCCAGAGUUGAGUGAAACUGAGGGUGAGAGACACGCUGAACAACAGGCAAGCCUCGACGUGCUCAGCUGUCACCCGGGUGUAGUAGCAACAGCUUUAAGCAAGUGCGUUUUUAAAUCGGGACGAAGAACUAUCCCGCCUGCUUUCAUGUUCAAGAUGUCGGGUAUUUUGCCACCAGUCUCCUCUCACAAGCCAACCGAAUCAGCCGAAAACUGUGAUGACUCGGAUUCGCAGCAUGGUUCAUGCAAAUCUUCUGACAGCGGCAUCGCUCUCAAUAAUGACGAUGAGGAAUCCGAAAUUGAUCGCGUCGAGAAAGAACGAGCACGAGGAAUGGAGGUCGCCCAAUGCCUUGGUGGAAAUACCCAACACGCACUCGAGCUUGAAUUCACUGGAUCAGAAGAACCAGUCCUAGGUCGACAUCUCGACGGAGUCGGUUUAGGCGGCAUAGCGCGAUGCGCUGCUAUGUUGGCGCGUCAAUCAAUUCGUAACGCCAUGAGCUGA